ACACAACCAUGUAGGUGGGGGAGACAAACGGCGGGGAAACGCUGGGUUUGAAGCUGUGCAGACUGUCUGAUUUCUGCUCAAGUAAACUUUUCCUCCCUUCUUUUGGGGAGGGGGAGCUGCCAGACCCCCACUUUGUGAGCCCCGGAACCAGAGCCUGCAGCAGCCUCAUGCCCGUCGCUCUCUCUCCCUCUCAAGUGGGUGGUCCGGUGCGCCUCGCGGGGCGGGGUCCUCCGCUUCUACCCUCCUACCCUCGUUCUUUCUUGAAACAUGCUUUAAUAGAGAAAGUAUGCGAUGCAUACUGUUCUACAACCCCCCACUAUACUGCAUCUGGGGUAUUCGUGACUGGACGUCUGGGGGGAUCGCGCACAUUUCCGAUUAGGGGGGAGAGAGACGUAGAGGGAGAGUGGAAGACAGAGAGAGAGAGAGAGAGAGUGGGGGGAGAGAUUACGCGUUGGCUCCAGCCCGUGGAUCGGUCGAUACCGCUGAGGUUUUUCGGGUCUGUGCAGAGGCAGAGACGGCGUGGUGCGCGCGUGCCCCCAGGUGAAGCUGCAAACCGACUCAAGAAGCUCCUGGGAUUCGUUUUUUUCCCCCUGAAGCCCUCGAGGCCGCCGCUCCAGGCUUUGAUGCCCACACUCUUAAAAGCUGUUGGACAGACACAGGCAUGAGUGACACUGGGACCAAAGAGCUUUCUCCCGAGCCGAGCGCCGCCCAGUCCAGCGAGGAGCCCAAGCGCAGGGGCAGGGGCCGACCGCGGAAGCAGCAGCAGGAACCUGUGGGACCACCGACUCCAAAGCGACCUCGAGGACGACCCAAAGGCAGCAAGGAUAAAGGCCCCAGAACUGCACUGAAGAAAGUCGAGCCUGUCGGGGAAAGGCGACCACGAGGACGACCAAGAAAAUGGCCUCGGAAAGUCGUUGCCGAAGUGUCUGAAACGGAGCAGGGGCCUUCAGAGGAGGUCGAGGAAGAUCCCUCAACAUCUCAGGUGCCUGCGCAGGAGGGAGGGGAGUAGAUGGGAUACCUCUACCUCAAGGUUUGGCCUCAGGGGGGGCGCGGUGCCUCCUGUCUGUGAUGGGGAUUCAGGAACACACAUUUUCACUCAAAAACCAUUUCUCUGUAGGUUCUUUCAACGGCAACCUUAUUUAAAAGCCUUGUUGACAAGCAAAGUCUGCCUUUAACAUCGGUGUAUACUUUUGAUAGUAUAAAGUUCCACCUUCUGGGAAAGGCGUUUGAAUGUUUAGAGGAAGAUAUGUGCCUUUUUUAUAUGCAGGCAGGUGACAAAUUAAAGAAAAUUAAACACAAAGUGUCUUAAACGUCGAAUAGCACAACAGCUUUUGUGUAGUUCUGUGGAACGCCCCAUUUCUUCCAAUUUAACUUCAUUUAAAGUCCUUAACAUAAAUAGUAGUCAUUUUUUAGUCAUCAUAAUAACACUUAUACACAUUUUACAAAAGCAAACAUUGAAAAAGUCCACAAAAUCAAAUUAAAACUAGAGAAAAACUAGACUAAAACUAAAGUUUUUUUCUUCAAAUCUUACUCGGUUUAUCCAAAAAGAUAACUCCUAAUGAAGACUGCUCCCUACAAAUGAUCUCCCAUUUGUUUUUAAAGGCCAUCCUUAAAGGAUCCCAAUCAAUGCGCAGCAAAGGUUAUCAAUAAGAAUUUAUCACUUUUGUUAAGUUAUAUCCUCAAAAAAGUAUUCUUCAUUUAAUUUGUCACCUCCCCUGGCGUACUAUGAAUAAAUACUAGUAUUUUGAUUUAAAAUCUUUCUUAAUCCUAAAUCAAACAACUUGAUUUUUCUUAAAAAUGUCGAUUUGUGGGAUUUCUUGAACCCCUCAGUGUGUUCCGGUGAUUGUGCACGUGUGUGUUGUUGUGCAGAGAGAGAAUAGAGUUGCAGGCUAAUAUGACAUGGGUUAAGAAACCAAACUGAAUCCUUUUUAAACAUGUUUUCUAUUGCAAAUGUUGAAGAUUUUACAUUUCUACCGAUGUAACAACAUAGUGUGCUGUAUUCAUUUUUCAUUUAAAAGUCUAUGUAAAAGGGUUUGUUAAAAAAAAAAAAAAUGAAAUGUCCAUUUUUGUACCUGUAAAGUACCUCAUGCUAGCUCCGGUGUUAGUUUACGUUAAUUUUUUCUUCCCAGCCAACAACCGGAACGACAAAAAUGUGCCUAAAAAUCAAAAUGGAUAUUUCAUUUAAAUAAUAAACCCUUGUAACAUAUAUUUUUUACAUUUUACCACUCUCAGGAUUCCACUUUUGACAGUGCUUUUCACCGUUUUGAAACCUCAGGUACAAAAAUAUUCAGGAACAUGAUGUCUACUCAGUAAUAAUUGUGGUGCUGUGUUUGUUGUGCAUUUCUGAUCUGUGUUUGAUAUUACCAGUAUGCCUUGACACAAAGACCUCAUUGAAACCUCAGUUAGCCUCAACUUCUAAAGAUCUCAUUCUACCUCAGUAACACAAAAAAGAAAAAUCUCCAAAAAAGUAACCCUUCACUCUCCCAGGCACAAUACUGCAAACACAAAUGCUCAACAGCUGACAGACAUGUUUUAAGGCUACAACACGCAGGAAAAUGUUACACUCCAGUUGAGGAGUGCAGAUAAAAACCAUCAAAGUCACAAAAAACUGUGAUAAAAAAAAUAGAAAAACAUUGAAGUAUAAUAAAACGCAGCCAGUGGUUUACAACUUGAUAAAAUACUUAGUGUAGUAAAAUACUUUUCUUUUUUUCUUGUUAGCUUUUUUUUUUUUUUUUUAUGUACGCAGUGUCAUUUUUAUUAUAUCAUGUAUGUUUCUGAUUCUUACACUGUAAAUUGCAACACAUCAAGGCAGCCCCAAAAAUGCUGAAAUACAUGAGAGUUGUGGCUUAUUUUGGCCACUCAACCAACUUAAACUACAGAAACAAAACACCUCAUUUCUUUUUAAAGCGUCGUGGAAAGCCCUUGUAAGACGGAAUGCAUAAUAUUAAUGACUUCUUCAAGCUGUUAAAGCUUUGGCAUUCAGUCUUACACACUGAACAACUUUCUGGUUAAUGAUUCUCACGACUCCAUUCAAACGUACCUAAGAAUGUGACACAAAAAAAGAGCUGCAAGGGGGUAACAUGCUGUUUGUGUAGGAUUUAACCAGCAUUUUUUCUACUAAGUUAAUGGCAUGAAUGAACAUGUUUUUAGUAACUUUUAGUUCUCGCACUAAAACUACAUUCAAGAUAUUCCCCUCUAAUAUGCUUCAAAGUGAAAAAAUAAAGUUGCUAGCUAAUUCACCCCAUUUUAAUCCCAAUCUGUUAUAUUCUUUUAUUUUAAAAUGUUUACACUCCUGUUUUGUACUAAAUUGACUUCAGAGAAAUGCAAAAUAAAGAGAAAAUAAAACCAAAAUGGAACCAAAACAAGAUCUGAAUCUUUAGCUAACAUCAUGCUAAUGCUAAUUAUUUAUCUUUUUAUUAAAAUUAUUUUCUACUUGUGUUUUUUUACAGAUAAAAAUAAUUAAAAGGAACAUCAGAUAAGAAAACAAAAUGCUAAAACUGGAAGACAUUUACUCCACACAGAGAAAACUCAUGCGGCUAACAGCUAGCUUAAAUCUACCAGUAUGCUAGCUAAUUCACCCCAUUGAAAGUGACGUUACAAGGUCCAACAAAGUACAGUUUCUGUUGCAAAACCUCCAGUAUAGUCAUGUACACUCAUUAGUAUGCAUGUUUGAGAGACUUUGCAAUGUUUAACUGCCAAAUUCAAUGUUUUAUUUUUGUUACUAAUUGGUUCAAUGAUUUGAAAUAAAUCAUUUUUUUGGCAUAAUAGACUUCCACACUGAAAAAAAAACACGUACAUUCACUUAGGUUACAAAGCGCUUAUAGACGACUUAUAAAACUCACUGCCGGGCUCCAGAAAUGACCGAGAACGUCAAGGUCAUAAGGCGUUUUUGUAGAAUUGGAGUGCAGUAACCACGUUUUCCUUUUUACAUCAGAGCAAAAAACACUCAAGUUAUGUGAAGUGGAAUUUAAUAUUCACUAAUUACAUGUUUGAUCAUAAUGGAAGUCUUCUGAAAAUAUUUAAUAGUUUAACAUUACUUUUUCCUGCAUUCACUCAGACUUUCAAUCUAGAAAUAAAUAACCAAUCAAAUGCAAAACAGUGAUUUCUUUAGGUAUAAGACCUUAUGUGGGUUUUCUGAUCACAAAUACAGUUAUUAAAAUUCUUUAGUGCACAUUUAGGAUGUGCUGAUAUGCAUCACAAUCAUACUAGACACUUUACAAAGCGUAAAGUACAGAAAUACCAUUGGAUAUAUGGAAGUUUCUUUGAUUGGUGUAAUGUCCUUUAAAGAAACACGUUUUUUCACUUUUAUUAAAACUAAACUAGCUCAGUACUGAAGCUUUACAGCAACUAAGGAAUGUAUUAUUUCUAUAGAAAACUCAUAAAUGUAACGGCCAGUAAAGUUGUAUUUGUAAUCCAAGGAAUGUACUUUUUUUAUCACAUUUAUUCAAGAUAUACAUCAUUUCUGAAGCUUCUUUUUAUUUAAGGACAAUAAAGAAAAAUCAAAUAACAGAUUUGAUACUGAAACAUUCAGUAUCUGGAUUUGUCUUUUUUUUUAGGGAAUGUAAUUUGAAAACUUUAGUAGACUAAUGUGUUUAAUGACAUAUCAUGCUUUGACUUAAACAAGUUGGGUUUUUACUCACAGAUUAAUGAGGAGUAAUAAACUGAUGAUCGUCAGGAUCACGAGACUUAAGAGUCUUACUUACAUCAGUCUUAAAAAGAUAACCUAAAAGUCUUAAAGCAACCUCUAAUUCUUUUUUACACUUUGUUGAUGAGGAUUUGUGCACUUACUCCAACACCCUGAAUUGAUUAAUCCUAAAAUGACAUCUUUAGAUUUCUUCUUUAGAUCACAUUUCCCCAAAAUGUACCAAUUCUGAGAUGCUCGUUACUUGAACACCAACCCUUUUUUUUCUUGAUCUGUCACAUAUAGUCUGUUGUUUUUCAUGUAUUUCAGCAUCGCUGACUAAACUGCUGCCAAAUAACCGAUUGAUUUCAAUGUCGUAUUGAGUGUUUGCCCCAUGGACUACCUCUGAAGACAACGAACCACGGAUCAUUGUACCUUGAAAAACCUGUCAAACUAAUACUGUUGUAGUCCACGCAUCUCAUCUCACUACAUUCAUGACCAGAAGUGAAUGGGACUCAGUUUGAAAAGUUGUCUCCUAAUUUACCUCUAGCUGAGUUAUGGUGUGUUAUUUUACACAGUUUGUGUUUUGGAUAUUUACUCUCUAUAUGUGGAUAAUGUUGUUCUGUGAUCUUACUGAUAGUUCUAUAGUUUCAUACAGUACUUGAUCCAUUUUCAACUCUUGAAAAAGUUGAAGUGUAACUUGAGAAAUCCUCUUUUAUGCCUUACUGUUAACACCCUUUUAUAGUUAUGUUAUUGAUAUGUCCUCAUCCACUUUAUUAAUACAACUCACAAACCUGUGAUAUGUAUUUUUGUUAUGAUUCUGUAUCUUGUGAUUCGUGCUACCCUGCUUCUUUAUGCUUACCAAUAAAAUACCACACUUA